UCUUGACCAAAAAUGUUGAGGGAAUUGCAGCUCCCGCCAAGCUCACGAUCGUCGAUCCCUUCAAUAUCCGAUCUCCACGCCCCCACUCCGCCGGAUCGCAAACAGGGUUAGGGCUCCUAUCAAAAACAUCACAACAUUUCUCUCAUCUGCAUGAAGAGAUGCACAACUCCGCUUCCCUACGUCACAGAAUGGGACCAAUUCCCAGCCCCAAAAAAAAUGAGAAUUAGAGGCUGACGGAGCCCACCCACACCGCAUUUUUAGUCUCGCUCAACAUUCCAUCGGCCGCCGGACAAGUGAGGGGAGAAAGGACGGAAAGAGGGGAAGACCAGAGGAAAAAAAAAAAAAAAAACACCGGACAACCCGCCCAGAAACCUUGGUCAUGCUCAACUCACGUGUCACCACGUCGCUCUUGCAGCAUCCAACCUCCGCCGCUAUCCGACGCGCUUUUAUCUCCAGUUCUAGCUCCCCUUCCUCCUCUUUUCUCUCUUCUCCUCUUGUCAGGUCCGGACCGUUGCGCUUCCCCACACCAACAGCCACAACCCCUUCCCUCCUGCGUCAUUGCUCCUCUGACUCCCACUCUUCGUCAUCAUCAUCAAACCCAAAGUCCAAACUCCCCAACGCCAACCCCUCAUCGGACAAAUCCACCUGGCGCGCCAUGGCCGAAAAGGACAUCAGCCGCUACCUCCGCCAAACCCACGACCGCGUGUUCGAGCACAACCGUGCCUGGGCCGCCGAGAAGAAGAAGGCCGACCCCGACUUCUUCGCCAACCUCUCCGCCGGCCAAACACCAGAGUACCUCUGGAUAGGAUGUUCCGAUUCCCGCAUUCCCGCCGAGCAAAUCACUGGCCUCGAACCCGGCGACGCGUUUGUCCACCGCAACAUCGCCAACCUGGUCUGCAACACCGAUCUUAACGUCAUGGCCGUCAUCAACUACGCCGUCCGCCAUUUGAAGGUGAAGCACAUUGUUGUGUGCGGGCACUAUGGCUGCGGUGGUGUAAAGGCUGCCAUGUCGGCCAAGGAUCUGGGGAUUUUGAACCCCUGGUUGAGAAAUAUCAGAGAUGUGUACAGGCUGCAUGAGAAGGAGCUGGAUGCGAUUGCGAACGAGGAGGAGAGGUAUAACCGGUUGGUGGAGCUGAAUGUGAUUGAACAGUGCAAGAAUGUGGUCAAGACGGCGGGGGUGCAGCAAAGUUAUGCCGAGAAUAGCUUUCCGAUUGUGCAUGGAUGGGUGUUCGGGUUUAAUGAUGGGUUGUUGAGGGAUUUGCAGAUUGAUUUUGAGGGCAUGUUGAAGGAUAUUCAGAAGAUUUAUAACUUGACUGAGAGCUGA